AUAAGCAGUAACUUCAACGCGACCCAAGCGCUAUAUGACAGCGCCGAAUACCACGAAAUUCCGCAAAAUGUGGCGGUCGGAAUAACUGUCGCCUUCGUCCUCCGAGAGCAAUUCUUCGUUUUGUUUAGUUUUUUCUGUUGUUGUUGUUUUUUUUUUGUCGCAGCAACCGCCGCGAUUGAAGCAGCAGACUCGGCCGCAGGGGACCGAGACAGUUUGGGCUGCAUCUGGGUCAGUGGGCCUGUCGGCGGCUUCGCCGGUGGUAUUGUCGUCCCCGCGUCUACCCACCGCGUCCGUCGUUACUUUUGUUUCUCUACUCGGCAUACAAACGGUGCUAACAUGCAGGCUAACGGGGCAGCGCAGGACCGAGACCCUGAAGUGUCUUGCCGAAACGGCACCCAGAACGGCGAGUCCUCCGCCGCCGGGGCAGCACACGCCAAUGGACUUGUGUCGGCCACCGACAACGGAAACCCGGCGAGUAACAACAACAACAACGGCGUGUCAGGCCAGCCCGCGUCCAACAACAACAUCAACAGCGGCUCGACCGACACCAACUGUGGCGUCAAGAAGAAGAAGCGCUUGUCUCAGUCCGAGGAAGACGUCAUCAGGCUCAUCGGACAACAUUUACACGAUUUGGGUCUCAAUCAGACGGUGGACCUCCUUAUGCAAGAAUCCGGCUGCAGGCUGGAGCAUCCCUCUGCCACAAAGUUUCGCAAUCAUGUCAUGGAAGGAGAGUGGGACAAGGCUGAGAGUGACCUAAAUGAGCUGAAGGCACUGAUGCAUUCUCAUACUGCUAUCGUGCGCAUGAAGUUCCUCCUGCUGCAGCAGAAGUAUUUGGAGUAUCUCGAGGAUGGUAAAGUCUUGGAGGCUCUGCAGGUUCUCAGAGCCGAACUCACCCCUCUCAAGUACAACACAGAACGCAUCCACAUUCUGAGCGGGUACCUGAUGUGCAGUCAUGCAGAGGACCUGCGAGCCAAAGCAGACUGGGAAGGCAAAGGCACGGUAUCACGAACAAAGCUGCUGGAUAAACUCCAGACCUACUUGCCUCCGUCAGUGAUGCUGCCGCCUCGCAGACUGCAGACUCUGCUAAAGCAGGCGGUGGAACUACAGCGGGAGCGUUGCCUCUACCACAACACCAAGCUGGAUAGUGGACUGGACUCCGUGUCCUUGCUGCUGGACCACGGCUGCAGCCGGAAACAAUUCCCCUGCUACACUCAACAAAUACUUACUGAACACUGCAACGAAGUUUGGUUUUGCAAGUUCUCCAAUGAUGGCACAAAACUGGCAACUGGUUCCAAAGACACUACAGUCAUUAUAUGGCAUGUAGACACGGAAACACGGCAGGUGAAGUUAAUGAAGACUCUGGAGGGUCAUGCAUAUGGAGUCUCUUACUUGGCAUGGAGUCCUGAUGAUUCCUAUCUGAUAGCAUGUGGUCCUGACGAUUGCUCUGAGUUGUGGCUGUGGAAUGUACAGACGGGGGAGUUACGAACAAAGAUGAGUCAAUCUCAUGAAGAUAGCCUCACGAGCGUGGCGUGGAAUCCAGAUGGCAAACGCUUCAUCACUGGUGGGCAGAGAGGCCAGUUCUACCAAUGUGACUUGGAUGGUAACCUACUGGACUCAUGGGAAGGCAUUCGUGUGCAGUGCCUGUGGUGUUUAGGUGAUGGACGGACUGUCCUUGCUUCUGACACCCACCAGCGCAUUCGUGGCUACAACUUUGAGGACCUGACGGACAGAAAUAUAGUCCAGGAGGACCAUCCCAUCAUGUCUUUCACGGUCUCCAAGAAUGGAAGAUUAGCUUUGCUCAAUGUUGCUACUCAGGGAGUUCACCUCUGGGACCUGCAGGAUCGGGUGCUCGUGAGGAAGUACCAAGGGGUGACACAAGGCUUCUACACCAUCCACUCCUGCUUUGGAGGGCACAAUGAAGACUUCAUAGCUAGCGGCAGUGAAGACCACAAAGUUUACAUCUGGCACAGGCGCAGUGAAUUGCCCAUCGCAGAGCUGACUGGUCACACCCGCACAGUCAACUGUGUAAGCUGGAACCCUGUCAUGCCCGGUCUACUAGCAAGCGCCUCAGAUGACGGAACCAUCCGAAUCUGGGGACCCGCCCCCUACCUGGAUGUUCAGGAGGCAGAGGGACUCAAUGAUUGUUGCAGCAUGGACAGCUGAUGAUCGCCGACCCCUGCCGUUGUUGCUCUGAACUCAGCGAGCACUAAGACUCUGGUGACACUUGAUUGGAUGAAGCAAGGAAAGCUUUGCUGACUAGACAGCUGCAUCGUGGAGGCCGGACCAGUAGUUGCUGCGUGUCAGGAGGUCCCACUAACUCAGUUGUAUUAUUGAGACCACACUUGGAAGUCCAUUAUCUGACACACCUCCCCCUGACUGGAUCCACCCACCUCUUAUUUAUUAUCAGAGACAUAAUUUAUUGUUUGUGACAAAACAGUAGAGGGUGUGUGUUGUUUGCUUUGUUCAGUCUUUUUUUUUUUUUUUCUUUACCUCACCUUCUUGAGAUUUUACCUGCAGGAACACAAUGGAUGUAAGAACCCACCCAAAGGGUCUUUUAAAUGAAUUAUCCUACACUAUAUUGUCAUUUUUAAAGUGAAGAAGAGAUUUUAUGGCUUUGUUUUCCUUCUACUUUCUUGCUUACAUACAUAGAAGAGUAUUUAAUGAGCAUGUUGCACAAGAUUGCACAAAAUGACGUGUUUGAUGGUCCACUUACACUUACCCUUAACAGUAUGUCUGUCCUCCAUCUAAUAAGACAUUUGAGUAGCUGACUUCUGGCAAUACAUUGAGAUUGUCAGUGUUCUUUCCUUCAUGCCUUUGUUGUGGUUGUCCUUAAUUUAUUCUGGCUUCACUAGUUGCUCUUAUACAUGAAUCCUUGUUUCAUUGUAGGCUGUUGCCAUCUCUCCUUGCAGACUGCAGUCCACUUGUUUUUAGUAUAUUUUAGUUAAGUUGCAACUUCCAGUUUGAUUUAUUGCUGGUUGAUUUGUUUUCUCGUUAGAAAUGGAGUUUAUAAAGUAAAGAUGCUUUUACUUUUGUUUACAUUUUAAGCUAAUUAAGAAUUUGGAUGUCAAAACAAAACCCCGUGUCAGGUUCUUGAAACUGAUUUCCCCAACUUGUCUGUGACAGAAAUCUUCUGUCAAUAAAUUUGUUCCGCAUCAGACAAAUAUGACACAGUGAUUUAAAAUAAAGCUGCUGUAAUCUUCUAAAACAGCUAAGCGUUGGCAAUAAACAUCUUUCAUGCAGCUGUUGUAGGAUAUUUUCAAUGCCAGUGCUUUUAGUGAGUAUGUUUGGCUGUGAGAUGGAUUUAUGUCCAUGGUCAGGAACGUCACCUAUUGCAUCAGUGAGGCAUCUCGAGAACAAAGGAGCUAUGUGUCAAAUACACACAGUACACGUCAGUUCAAAGGUUGUUGGAUUUGGGUCUUCACGUGAUGUGUUGAGAGUAAACGUAUAUUCCGUAUCACGUGAGCGGCCGUUUUAAGUUUGUACACAUUGGUGAUGGAAUUAAUGUUUUACAAUGAGCAACUCACUUCCCACACAGUGUUAAAAAAAAAAAAAUAAAAAAAAAAUCCUCAUGAACUUGUACAGUUUUCUUUCAGACUCAAGUGAACAAUCUGGUUUCUGAUGUUCUGUGUGCUGUGUAUUUGUGUUAUAUGGCAUGUUUGAUGAGGUUGUGUUUAAAGAUAGGAUACGAAAUAUGUCACAGGGUUCCUGCAUUCCCCCCCCCCAUUUCAAAAAUGUUUCAGUGUACCUUUUUAUUUUUAUAUAUAUUUUGUUUUUGUUUUUACAAGACUGACAACUGAUUGCACUGAAAACUAAAUCCAAAUAAAAUUAGCAGUUUGGUAAGUACAACAGUGCAAUUGCAUAAUAUUUUUAGAAUUUUAGACUAAAAAAGGGAAAAUGUCCAGCCCUAGCAGACAAUGAACUGCACUUGCCUCAAGUGGAGGAACCCUGUUUUAUCUGUCUAAACAGCAGUCAUCAUUAUCAAUUAACACAAACACACACACUUCAGUCAGUCACAGCUGUGGUGUUUGUCUCUGCUUCUAUCAUUUCUUUUGAUUCUGUGGCUCAGGCUUCUCUUGCUGUAAGAAGACAAAGUAGGAACUUCCUUUGCUUGUAGGUAGUUUCUGCCAGAUGCGUGUUAACACAAAAACGUGAUUGUACUGUUCUGUAUUGUUCUGUAUACAAAUUUUCAAUAAAGAGUCAGGGUUUUAAAAUCCCUUGUCCAAUUUUAGAAGCUAAA